CAGUGAAAGUUAACUGCUUCGAGGAGUGUUUAGUGUUUUUCUAAUUUGUUGUUUAUUAUAUUAAAAAUGUUGAACUAAUUUGUAAUUGCCUACUAAAUUUAAUUAUACAAACAUUACACAAAAGAAAAACAAACAAUGUCUGUAACGACGAGCCAAGAGAACGUACAGAAUCCAACACAGGAGUAUGAUGGUUCAAGCAACAUGUGUUUAGAAUUAGCCCUUGAAGGUGAACGGCUUUGUAAAGCUGGCGAUUGUAGGGCAGGUGUAGCGUUUUUUCAAGCGGCCAUCCAGGCGGGCACAGACGACCUACGAACUUUGAGUGCCAUUUACAGUCAGCUAGGAAAUGCCUAUUUUUACUUAGGAGAUUACAGCAAAGCUAUGCAAUAUCACAAGCAUGAUUUAACUUUGGCGAGAACAAUGGGCGAUAAAUUAGGUGAAGCAAAAUCUUCAGGUAAUCUAGGAAAUACUUUGAAAGUAAUGGGAAAGUUUGAUGAAGCUAUAGUAUGCUGCAAAAGACAUUUAGAAUUAUCCAGAGAGUUAGAUGACAAAUUGAGUGAAGGAAGGGCUUUAUAUAACCUGGGAAAUGUGUAUCAUGCCAAAGGGAAGCAUAUUGGUAGAGUAGGUCAGAAGGACCCUGGAGAGUUUUCUGAUGAAGUCAAAGAAUGUCUUCAAGAAGCUGUGUCAUACUAUGAAGAAAAUCUUCAGUUAAUGCGAGACAUUGGAGAUGUAGCAGCGCAAGGUCGUGCUUGCGGCAAUUUAGGCAACACGUAUUACCUUUUGGGCGACUUUGCCCAAGCCAUACACUACCACGAAGAACGACUAGCCAUUGCGAGACAGUUCGGCGACAAAGCUGCCGAAAGAAGGGCUCACAGCAACUUGGGAAAUUCCCAUAUUUUUAUGGGUCAAUUUGAGGAAGCUGCCCACCAUUACAAGCGUACUUUGGCUUUGGCUCAAGAAUUAGCUGACCAAGCUAUCGAGGCUCAGGCUUGCUAUAGUUUGGGAAACACUUACACGCUGUUGCGAGAUUACGAAACUGCCAUAGAAUACCACUUGCGCCAUCUACUUAUCGCUCAAAACUUGAACGAUAGAGUUGGGGAAGGCAGGGCUUGCUGGUCAUUGGGUAAUGCGCAUGCCUCAUUGGGCCAUCACGAGAAAGCAUUGAACUUUGCAACUAAACAUUUGGAAAUAAGUAAAGAGUUGAGCGAUCCAAUGGGUGAGGCUACAGCCAAGAUGAACGUUGCCGAUUUGAAACGUAUUUUAAAUCUUCCGGAGAGCCCAGAAGUUCGGGAUGAAGUGUUACCGCUGAAAACGCCGUCAAAGGCGGAACAACAUUUACACAGGGUGAGACGAGAAAGCAUGGAACAGCUUAGUCUAAUUAAGUUAACACCAGACAGUAAAACCGCCGGAGUUGGACUGCCUCAAGCAAAAGCUGGUACGCCUGUCAAGAGCGAAGAUGAUGAUUCGUUCUUCGACCUUCUUUCUCGCUUUCAGUCAAAACGUAUGGAUGACCAAAGAUGUUCGCUGACAGUUAAAACUGAUAAUAAUAAAGAAAAUAAAAACGUAGUUAAUUUACCGAAAAACGAGGGACCUGAAGAUUUGUUUGACAUGAUAACUGGAAUGCAGAGCAAGAGGAUGGACGAGCAAAGAGUAGAGCUACCAGCUUUGCCAGGAUUAGAACCGCGGUCUAUGCGACGCCUGGCCGAGUCCCGUAACAAUUCCUCCGUUCCCGACGACAAUUUCCUGGACCAGUUGGUCCGGUGCCAAAAUUCCCGUUUGGACGACCAGAGGUCGCCGCUUCCUCCUGCGACCGUCGACGUCGAAACCGACCUGCGCCCUCCGGCCAGAAGCGGCGCUACCGUUCCGGACGAAGAUUUCUUCUCGCUUAUCAUGAGGUUUCAAUCGGGCAGGAUGGACGACCAAAGAGCCGCAGUACCAAGAACAAAUAACAGGAUCGCAAACGGAACAGUACCGCAAUCCAAUGGACUUAACGGCGUAAAAAAGCUUCCGAAAAAGAAGUAAGCGCCAACCCGGCAUCUCAGCAUGUACCUUAAAAAAAGUACUUGAAAACGAUUCUCAAAAGCUUUUAACAGAGCUUGCAUUUAUUAAUCGAAAAGUUGAUCUGGUCAUUUGAUUUUUUGUAGUUUUCUUUUGUAUAUGUUAUCAAAUAAGAAUGGUUCCCGAAUAUGCAGAUAGUACAGUCUAUUUUUUCUUGAAAGUAGUAAACAAAAUAUAUAAAUAAUCAUAUACAUAUAAUUUUGAUCCAAACAUCGAAAAGGUAUAGGAGUAUUCAAAGUUAAAAUAUUUUUUCUAAUAGUUUUGCCACAGUAAUAUAUCUAGGUUGCAACCAGAGAUUACUCUGGUUGCAGUGCAGUAAUUCACAACCUGCCCGUUCAAAUUUGCCCACUUGUAUCUGAACAUUAUCAUUAAUGAAGACUUCAAAACUAGUGUUGGAGUUGACAGCUCGGUGUUUAUCAGAGUUCACUUGAACUGGAGUUUAAGCUAUGUUUGUACCACUGGUCCUUAGAACUCUGUUUAUUAACACAUAUAGGCUUGGUGCAUUCUCCACCGGUGCUGCCACCAUCGGAGAAAAUCGUAAACAAUCGGGUACUGCGAGUAUACGAAAACUUUAUUUUAGGUUAGGAAAUAUAAUUUGUGAAAAUUGAAAGAAAAAAGUAAAUAUUUUGAUAUCUUCAGAAAGUCUAACUUGUGUUAUAAUUUAUUAUUUAAACUAAUAAAACUUUUUGUUGCUCAAAAAGUUGUUCAACUACGGUAGUACUAUUUAAGCACUAGUUAAUUAAAACAAGUAUUUUAUUAAUAUUGCAAAUUAUAAUUUAUCCUCUCAUAGUAUAUUCCUAUUUCAUUUUUUGAUUAUGUAAUAGGCACUUUGUUUCCUCACUUGUUUCGUCGAGCUGCUUGAAUACAUUUUUGCUUUCAAAUCGGUGUGGGAAGUUGUGAAACUACAAAAUGUUGUUUCGAGAGAGCUGAAUAUCCGGGAAAGUUAAGUUAUUGCAUUCAACAACCACGUAAUUACGCCCUCGUUUACGUGUUAACAUUUCUUCGACAAUUUUAUUAACAUUUUAAAUUGUCACAACACAAAGCGACGCCCAGUUCGUUUUUUUUAGUUAAUUUUUAUUACCCGAAACAGCGUUACAUCACACAAACCUCGUACCUGAGUGCACUAUUAAAAACUAAAAUACUUAAGUAUUAUGACAAUGUCACGAUUUUAAUAUUAUUUCAAUGCUAUCAACGUCGGAACUGCGUGAAAUACAGAGCGAAAACUUCUGGUUUCUGCCGAUCGAGCGUUGCGGUCGGAAUUUUUAAAAUCAGCUGAAAUGCACCAAGCCUAUAGUCAGUCCAGUCAGAGAAUAUAUAAUUUUUAAUUAUGUAUAUUAUUUUGCUAGGUAUACUUUUUAUAUUCAUUCAUUUUAUAAAUUGUAGAGGAAAAGUAGUAAUCUUUAACAAGAGAAAGACUAUUUUUUCUGAUUAAAAUUAAUGAAUGUAAGGGUAAUUAAAUUAUUUUCUUUUCAAACCAAAGGCACUGAUUUUUAUUUAUAGGUUAUUUGAAAAGACCCGCCCAUUUACUUUAUUGCAUUUAACUUUUUUAAUGGACAAAUAACAAGUUUUAAAAUGAAUAUAGUAUGUCUAUGGAUAUACUAUACUACUGGUAUAUCAGUAUCUAUGAAUAAAGGUACCCCCUCCAUAAAGCCCUGUUUUCAGAACUUUGUACUGUCGCCAGCGAAACGUCAAAAGAA